AUGUAUGUCAAGCAAAUUAUCAUCCAGGGCUUUAAAAGCUACAAGGAUCAAACCGUUAUUGAACCAUUUUCUCCGAAGCACAACGUUAUCGUCGGUCGCAAUGGAUCCGGAAAGAGUAACUUCUUCGCGGCUAUUCGUUUCGUCCUUAGUGAUGCAUACACCCACCUAGGCAGAGAAGAGCGACAGGCUCUGCUGCACGAAGGUUCGGGUUCCGCGGUUAUGUCGGCUUACGUUGAGAUCAUCUUUGACAACUCCGACGAUCGAUUUCCUACCGGCAAGCCAGAACUUGUCUUGCGUCGAACGAUUGGUCUCAAGAAAGACGAGUAUACCCUCGACCGGAAGAAUGCGACGAAAGCGGAUGUGAUGAACCUACUCGAAUCGGCGGGGUUUUCGCGGUCUAACCCAUACUAUAUCGUGCCUCAGGGCCGUGUCACAGCUUUGACUAACAUGAAAGAUUCUGAGCGCUUGAAUCUCUUGAAAGAAGUUGCAGGAACCCAGGUGUACGAAGCGCGUCGUGCGGAAUCCCUAAAAAUUAUGCAUGAAACAAACAAUAAGCGGGAAAAGAUCGACGAGCUUCUCGAAUUUAUCAACGAGCGGCUGUCUGAAUUGGAGGAGGAAAAGGAUGAGCUGAGGAAUUAUCAAGAUAAGGACAAGGAAAGGAGGUGCCUGGAAUAUACGAUCUAUUCCCGUGAGCAACAUGAAAUCUCAAGUUUCCUCGAUAGUCUUGAAGAACAAAGACAGACUGGUGUCGAAGACACGGAUAUCAAUCGUGACCGCUUUAUUCAAGGAGAGAAGGAAAUGGCCCAGGUCGAUGCGGAGAUUGCCGAAUGCAAGCAGCAGAUCGAAUUUUUGAAGGUGGAUAAAACGCAAUUAGAAGACGAGCGUCGCGAGACCUCCAAGGCACUCGCCCAGGUGGAAUUGUUGGCAAAAUCCCUUUCUGACAACCAAGCCGCUGCCCAAGCGCUGAAAUCACGUCACGACGAAGACUUGAAUGCUGUUCAGAGCGCGAUUCAGGAACGCCAGGCUGAGCUCCAGCAACUCAUCCCCCGUUUCAACGCGGCGAAAGACCAAGAGGACGAAGUUAAAUCUAAACUUACCGAUGCGGAGACGAUCCGCCAGCGAUUGUAUGCCAAGCAAGGCCGAAAUUCGCGCUUCAAGAACAAGUCGGAGAGAGACAAAUGGCUACAGGCGGAGAUCAAGAACAACUACACCUCUAUCUCCAGUGUACAGGCAGUCAUGGCCCAAACACAGGAAGACAUCAACGAGCUCGAGAAUGGAAUUGCCCUCUUGGAACCGGAGACUGAACGCUUACGCCAGCAGAUCGAUGGUCGUGGUGAUACUAUUCAAUCCGUCGACCAGCAAGUUCAAGCCGCAAAAGAUGAGCGAGACCGACUGAUGGACCAGAGAAAGGAGCUGUGGAGAGAAGAAGCCAAGCUUGAUUCCAUUCUGUCAAACGCAUCUAAUGAAGUUGACCGUGCAGAGCGCAAUCUCUCUCACAUGAUGGACCACAAUACGAGCCGUGGGAUAGCUGCUGUGCGGAGGAUCAAGAGACAGUAUGAUCUCGACGGAGUCUAUGGAACGUUGGCAGAACUCUUCGAGGUAAAUGAUAGAUACCGCACUGCUGUAGAGGUCACCGCUGGCCAGAGUCUGUUUCAUUACGUCGUUGAUACGGAUGAAACUGCCACAAAAGUGCUGGAAAUUCUUCAACAGGAAAAGGCGGGCCGAGUUACGUUUAUGCCUCUUAACCGGCUGCGGUCGAAGCCACUCAAUAUGCCAAAGGCGAGUGACACAAUCCCAAUGAUUGAGAAGCUGCAAUACGACCAGGCCUAUGAGAGCGCGUUUCAGCAUGUGUUUGGCAAGACAAUUAUCUGCCCGAAUCUUCAGGUUGCGUCCCAGUAUGCCCGUAGCCAUGGUGUCAAUGCGAUCACGCCUGAGGGAGAUCGUUCCGAUAAGAGAGGUGCCCUUACUGGUGGUUUCCACGACUCCCGGCAAUCCCGCCUUGAUGCUGUGAAGAACCUGACAAAGUGGAGAGAUGAGUAUGAGACGAAGAAGAACCGUGGGAGUGAGAUUCGCAAGGAGCUCGAGAAGCUUGAUCAGCUCGUUACCAGAGCCGUUGGGGAGCUGCAAAAACUGGAACAGCAAAAGCACCAGGUUCAGAACAGCAGUGGGCCUCUACGGCAAGAACUGAAGAGCAAGCGUGAUCUGCUCCAGAAGCAAAACGAUAAUCUCGAUGCUAAGCGUCGUGCCCUCCGAAAUAUCGAAAGCAACCUAGCUGCUUUGAAGGACCAGGUUGGCGCCUUCGAGGCUGAAUUGGCCUCAGCGUUCCAGAAAGCGCUCAGUAACGAAGAAGAGGCUCGCCUGGAGUCUCUAAGCGUCACCGUCCAGGAUCUUCGACGACAGUACCAGGAGCUCUCUGGUCAGAGGAGUGAGUUGGAGGCUCGGAAAUCUAUCCUCGAGGUUGAGCUUCGGGAGAACCUGAACCCCCGCCUUGAUCAACUCGUGAGCCAAGACUUGGAUAUGGCGGAUGAUGAUGGCCAAGGAAACCUGAAAGAAACCCAGCGCGAGAUGAAACGCCUCACAAAGGCGCUGGACAAGCUUGCGCAGCGGCUUACGCAGGUAGACGACUCUAUCGACGAAGCCAAUGCUCGUGUGUCGGAGCUUAGUCAACGGAAUGCAGAAGCUAGACGGGAAUUGGAGGAACUGGCCAAGUCGAUUGAGAAGCAUCAGCGUCGCAUGGAGAAGAGUAUGCAAAAGAAGGCUGCUCUGACCAAACAGGCGGCUGAGUGUGCGGCCAAUAUUCGUGAUCUCGGAGUGCUGCCAGACGAGGCGUUCACAAAAUACAAGAACACUGACUCCAACGCUGUGGUCAAGAAACUGCACAAAGUCAACGAGGCGCUGAAGAAAUAUUCACACGUUAACAAGAAAGCGUUUGAACAGUACAAUAGCUUUACGAAGCAGCGGGAGACUCUUACCUCGCGAAGGGGAGAACUCGAUGCUUCCCAGAAGUCUAUUGACGACCUGAUCACAGUCUUGGAUCAGCGCAAGGAUGAGGCCAUUGAGCGAACAUUCAAGCAGGUCUCUCGCGAGUUCGCUAAUAUUUUCGAGAAGCUUGUUCCUGCAGGUCGUGGACGCUUGGUCAUCCAGCGUAAGACUGAUCGCGCUCUGCGGGCGGACGAUGAGCUCGAGUCCGAUGAUGAGGCGGCCAAGCAAAGUGUCGAGAACUAUGUUGGAGUCGGCAUUAGUGUCAGCUUCAAUAGCAAACAUGAUGAACAGCAGCGUAUCCAGCAGCUGAGCGGAGGACAGAAGAGUCUUUGUGCUCUUGCGUUAGUUUUUGCUAUCCAAGCCUGUGACCCGGCGCCAUUCUACCUCUUUGAUGAAAUCGAUGCAAAUCUCGAUGCCCAGUACCGCACGGCUGUUGCUCAGAUGCUGAAAUCGAUUUCCGAUUCGACAAACGGACAGUUUAUUUGCACCACCUUCCGGCCGGAGAUGUUGCAUGUAGCAGAGAAGUGUUACGGCGUGAGUUUCCGACAGAAGGCCAGUACCAUUGACGUGGUCUCUCGAGAAGAGGCGCUCAAGUUCGUCGAGGAGCAAAAGACUUGA